AGAGCACAGCUCCUCCCGGGCCCUUAGUAAGCCAGCCGAGGGAAGCUCAGAACUCUCUGCUCCUCCAUGCUCUGGAUGAUAGCCAAAGACAGCUGAAUCCCGCCCUGCCCGUUUUUGUGCGCCCUGCCGCCCCGCCGUUUGCUGCCUGCCGGACCCCGCCACGUCGCCGGAUCCAGCCGUGCGCCGCCGGACCCGAGCAAUGACGCAAGGCAUACAGACCGAUGACACAGGCACCCGGCCGGCCGUCUCCAGGAAAACCAAAGACAAACAGAAAAAAAAACCUGCUCUGGAGUUGGAAGCGAAAGCCGCUGAGGAGGAGGAAAAUGAGACUGAGAAAUCAUCUGGGAAAAAUAAGAAACACAAAGGGAAGAAUGGAAACAAUGAGAAAAAAGACGGCGACAACCAAGGGAAAACGAAGAAAGGGAUUGAGAGAAGAAACAAAACAAACAAACGCCAUGCAUUCAAAGCAAAGGGUGACGCAUCCAGUGUCAAAAUGGAGACUGAAGAUGAAGACUUUGUACCGGUGAAAAAGCCAGAAAAACAAGCCAAAAAGAGGGCGAGACAGAGGGCGGCUGAUGAAGAUGACUUCAAGUCGAAGAAGAAAAUAAAGAUUGAGAAAGAUGAAGAGCAACCAAGAAAGAAGACGACGAGCAAGCUGGAUGGGAAGCAGAACAAGAUAAAGAAUGAACCAAAAGAAGAGGGCGAUAAAAAGCCCAAAAAAAAAACGCAGGAAGAAAGGGAGGCGGCUGCGGCGCUUAAGGUGAAGAAGAAGGAAGAAGAGGAGCAGAAGCGCUGGCGAUGGUGGGAGGAAGAGAAGUAUGAAGACGGGAUCAAAUGGAAAUUCCUGGAACAUAAGGGCCCUGUGUUUGCUCCACCCUACGAUCCCCUGCCGCAGAAUGUGAAGUUUUAUUACAACGGGAAGCCAUUACCGCUCAGCGCUCAGACUGAAGAAGUGGCCAGUUUCUUUGUCAAGAUGUUGGACCAUGAAUAUACCACGAAAGAGGUCUUCCGGAAUAACUUCUUCACGGACUGGAGAAAGGAAAUGACCCUUGAGGAGCGGAUGGUGGUAGAAGACUUGGCCAAAUGUGACUUUACCGAAAUGUUUACUUACUACAAGGGAUUAAUGGAGGAGAAGAAAAACAGGAGCAAAGAAGAUAAACUGAAACUGAAGGAGGAGAAUGAGAAACUUCAGGAGGAGUUUGGCUACUGCGUUAUGGAUCAUCACAGAGAACGCAUUGGAAACUUCAAAGUUGAGCCCCCAGGUUUGUUCCGUGGAAGAGGUGACCACCCCAAGCAGGGAAUGCUGAAGAAGCGAAUUCUACCAGGAGAUGUUAUAAUAAACUGCAGCAAAGACUCAAAAAUUCCUGAGCCCCCUACUGGGCACAAGUGGAAAGAGGUCCGUCAUGACAACACUGUAACGUGGCUUUCAUCGUGGACCGAGAAUGUGCAAGGAUCGGUCAAGUACGUGAUGCUCAAUGCAAACUCCAAGCUGAAGGGGGAAAAAGAUUGGGAAAAGUACGAAGUUGCCAGAAAAUUGAAAAACCACGUUGACAAAAUAAGGAGAACCUAUCGGGAGAACUUCAAAUCGAAAGAGAUGAAGAUACGACAGAGAGCCGUAGCCCUAUAUUUUAUUGACAAGCUGGCCCUGAGAGCUGGUAAUGAAAAGGAAGAAGGGGAGACGGCUGACACUGUAGGUUGUUGUUCGCUGAGAGUAGAACAUAUUAAACUUUACCCAGAACUCGACGGAGAGAAACACGUGGUUGAGUUCGACUUCCUCGGUAAAGAUUCCAUCCGGUACUACAACAAAGUUCCAGUGGAAAAAAAGGUGUUCAGAAACCUCCAGCUGUUUAUGGAGAAUAAGCAGGAGGGAGAUGAUCUAUUUGACAGACUGAACACGCCAUUGUUGAACAAACACCUACAGGCCCUGAUGGAAGGACUGACGGCGAAGGUUUUCAGGACAUACAACGCCUCCAUCACACUGCAGCAGCAGCUCCAGGAGCUCACAGACCCGGAGGAAAGCGUACCAGAAAAGAUCUUGUCUUACAACAGAGCCAACAGAGCGGUUGCUAUACUUUGCAACCAUCAGAGGGCGCCACCAAAAACAUUUGACCAAUCUAUGUCUAAUCUGAGAGCCAAGAUUGAGGCCAGGAAAGAACAGAUUUCUCUGGCUAAAAAGGAGCUGAAGGAAGCUAAGAAGGAAGCGAAAGAGAACGAGAGCGAGAAGCUCCGGAAGCUCGUGGAAAGUAAGAAGAGGGCCGCUGCGAGAGCGGAGGAACAACUCAUGAAGCUGGAGGUGCAGGCAACGGACAGGGAAGAAAAUAAGCAGAUUGCCUUGGGCACCUCCAAGCUAAACUACCUGGAUCCCAGAAUCUCUGUGGCCUGGUGCAAGAAAUGGGCCGUCGGCCUUGAGAAAAUCUACAACAAGACGCAGCGGGACAAGUUUGCGUGGGCGAUCGAUAUGACAGAGACGGACUUUUUCUUCUAAUCAGAUGCUUUUCCUUCCUCUAGUGUUAGGAAGCUCUUAUAUCCGGCUCCUGAAAUCUGCACUUUGUUUUAUUAUGCACUGAUAUUUAUUGUGUUUUUAAAAAAAUGCUAAUUAAACUUUUUAUAUGCACAAA